AUGUUAUUGUGGUGCAAGAAAAGAGCAAAUCAGGUGUGAGAAAACUAAACUGCAAGCAAGAACAUUAAUAAGUUUGUGGUUUUGUGGCUUGCUCACAUGUCCUGAUAUUUGCUGUGAUUGGUCAUAACACAAUGAACAUUCCUGAAAUAUUUCAAGUGUUCACUGUUUUCCCAGUCACACUGUAAUACAGGUGAGUUUUCCUGGACUUAAGAAAGUGCCCGCUUAGUACAGUUUCCCUUAAUACAGGUAUGACAGCCAGUCAUGACCUGCUCAUGAGAAAAAAUCCUCAGGACAUCAUUGGAAGUCUGUUCUUUAAUUUGCCAUAUUGAGCAUUCAUGUAAUUUGAAGCCAAAAGCAAGUCAAGCAAACACAACCUCAAAGACUUUGCUAUGAUUAUCUUUUGCAGAACUUUUUAGCUCUCUGUGCCAGCAAUUACUACGACAACUGCACUUUCCAUAGGUAAGUUCCCUUAGUGAAAGUAAAGACUUGUUCAAUGUACAAUGUGUAUUGAUUCCUAACUUGCCUGGUACAGUAUUCCAUAUAUUAGUGGUUAGGAAUAGACAAACAGGAAUUUGACUUAUGACUGCAAUCAUUUUAUAAUUUAGCAUUAAAACAUAGCAUGUGCAAAAUGGUGGAAAACACCUCUAAAAUAAAAGUGAGAAACAAUUCUCACCAAAACAUUGCAGUCUAGUAAUACUGUUAUGAUAAACAGUCUGUAAAUCUGUACAAAAUAUAAAAUUUAUUACUCUGAGACAUUCUGGGCCACUUCUUAGAAAAAGAAAGAAAAUUGAAGAACAUAGAGGUCAAUGUAAAGUCUUCAUUCAUGUCUGUUGCAGUAACUUUUCUGUUAAUUACUCCUUUCAAGUGAAUCAUGCAAAAAAAAAUAAUCAAUAGUAGAGGUGUUAAUAGUUGUGGUAAUAGUGCUCAUAUUAAAAAGUUGUGCUUUAAAGUUUGCAUGUACAUUUUUUUACAGAAACAUCAAGGGUUUCAUGGUGCAAACUGGAGACCCCACAGGUAGAGUAAAAAGGUUUACUGUAAUAGCCCACACCUAUCAAUGACUGAAAAGCUAUUUCAUUGCUGAUUGACCUCUUGUCUUGACUGAGAGCUAUAAUUAUUGAACACAGGUACUGGUAAAAGUGGCAAAAGCAUCUGGGGCAAGAAAUUUGCAGAUGAGCUAAGUCCAUCACUUAGGGUAAGUUUGGGUGUAGAUACAUUAUACACUUAUGCAAACAACUCAAAUGAAUGUGGAUCCUGAACCCAAAAUGAUUAUUUGUUUUCAGAGCCUUGAAAUUGGGUAAAGCUUUCCUUGCAGUCAAUAAUGCAAAGGUCAGGGUAUGAUUCCUGAUCAAGCUUGAAUUUGUUCAAGAUUUUUCAUCCACUUAAGUUGAAAAUUUAACUUGAAAGAUCAUAAUACUUUCACUCCUUGCAAAGCAAGUUUUAUAAAUUAGUUGAUAUUACUUUUGCCUCAUGAUCCAUGGAUCACAAAGGGCAGUGGGAUUUGAGUCACCUUCAUACAUAUAUGAAUAUAGAUAUCAGGCAAUUAUCUGCAGUUGACUGGCAACAGAAGUGCCACAAACAAAGCUGCAUGUCUUUGGAAGCUGCAUCUGAUCAUGAAGAGCAAAAGCUACAUGUAGCCUAGUGCUCAAUUACUUGAAAAAAGAAAACAUUUAGUUCUCUUCAGCAGGAUAUUGACCAGAAUGGGGUGAAUGGGUUAAGUACUUAGAUUUAAUCAAGAGUAUAGGAUUUUGCUGCCUCAAGGCAUACUCUGUCGCCUCCGCUGUGUACUAUCCCAAAGUCCCAGCUGAAACGCAAUAUUUUCUUUUCUAUUUCUUCUCUCUUUUGAGGGGUUUUUCCCCGUAUUUCACACUGUUUGCCUUUUUCCAGACAUAUUUCUAGGCUAAAUCUAAUUUUGUUAUCCCCUGACAGCAUAAUGCGAGAGGAACAGUAUCAAUGGCAAAUAGUGGACAGGAUACAAGUGGGUCACAGUUCUUCAUCUGUUAUGGCAAACAACCUCACCUUGACAUGAAAUACACUGUGUUUGGAAAGUAUGUAACAAGUUGUUAAGUCUCAGUGCUACAUAACAUUUAAAAAGCUGCCCCUGGACGGGUAGAGCAAAGUGUAGCAAAUCAAUAUUAAUAAUAUGAAUAUUAUCAUUGUCAAUCAUAAAAGGUAAAAAGCUACAUUUGUAAGGAGUUGAGCUGUAGCGUGUGAUUCUAUGUCAUACAUCUCGCAAAAGACAAAGGUCUUGCCUUGGUCUGUGGAGAUCAAGUCAGGUGUGAUCAAGGUAAUUUACUUAUUACUCAAGUGUAGGGGUCACUCCUGAAGGUUCUGUUAAUCUCUUCUAGUUAAUUUUCCUUCAAGUCUUGACCUGUUAGCCCAUUGUGCAAACAAUUGGAAAUUUAAAUUUGACCAUUUAUUAGUAGCUGAGUCAUGUCUGAGCGCAACUGUUCAAGUCAAGGCAUAAGUGACCGUUGUUGUUUAUAAUCAACAGGGUCAUUGAUGGUCUGGAAACUCUUGACGAUUUAGAGAAACUGCCAGUGAAUGAGAAAACAUAUCGGCCACUCACAGAUGUUCGGAUUAAGAAUGUGACCAUCCAUGCCAAUCCUAUAGCAGAAAAAAGCUACUAG